AUGAAGAUCCAGGAGCAGCUGCACGUGCUGGUAACUCCAGAGCUGAGGCCCGAGGGCAGCAGGAGGACCGCUGCAUCCGGCAAGUUGACCACAGCAUGCGUCGAGCUCAGCGAGAGUCUGUCUCAAGGCCAUGAGGUGGAAGAGCAAGAGGGAGCUUUGCCCAGAGACUCGGUGCUGCAGGUGCAGCGGGCUGCCCUCCUGCCUGCGCACGCAGCCCUCGGGCGGCGGCGGCUGCUCGACCCCAUCCUUGGCCCCCGUGUUUCAGACCAUGCUAAAUCAUAUUCCAUGCCCAUUGGAAUUGAAUUUCAGCGAAGAUAUGCAACAAUUGUUCUAGAACUUGAACAGCUGAACAAAGACCUAAAUAAAGUUUUGCAUAAAGUGCAACAGUACUGCUAUGAGCUUGCACCCGACCAGGGACUGCAGCCUGCAGAUCAGCCAACAGACAUGAGACGGAGGUGUGAGGAGGAAGCCCAGGAAAUCGUCCGCCACGCCAAUUCCUCAACAGGACAGCCCUGUGUGGAAAAUGAAAACCUGACAGACUUAAUUUCUAGGCUUACAGCUAUUUUAUUACAAAUUAAGUGUCUAGCAGAGGGAGGAGACCUGAAUUCCUUUGAAUUCAAGUCACUUACAGACUCAUUAAAUGACAUCAAGAGUACAAUAGAUGCUUCUAAUAUCAGUUGCUUUCAGAAUAACGUAGAGAUUCAUGUUGCACACAUCCAGAGUGGCUUGAGCCAGAUGGGAAACUUACAUGCCUUUGCUGCCAACAACACUAACAGAGACUGAGCAGGAGACCUGGGGCCCAGCCGCACACACAGUGCAUUGGUCUGAGGAGUUCUUUUCCUUUCCUAGGCUUCCAACACCACAUAACCCACCUGCUGGGAGCGAGGAAAUGCACAUCUCCAGAUGAGGCAUCUUAAUACACCAUGCUGCUGCUUAACCAGCACUGCUCACCAGCAUAUCUUUUUCUUUUAUUACCCAAAUGCAGUAACAUUGCUUAUUACACGUUUAUUGGCAAAUACUUUUAAACUGACGAUAUCUGAACAGAUUUCAUGGAGGAACAUGUUGGCCAUUUCUUAAAUGAUGAAAUCAGCCGGAGCACAUGUGAAUGACACUGCAGCGGAGAGCGUGGACAGCCGUGGCCUGGGUGCGUGGUGGUGGCCGUGUGGAGAGGUCACCGCGGGGCCGCAGCGGCCUCGUUCUUCAGAGUGUUCCACCGUGAGCACGGGAGGCCUAGUCCUGAGGAAGCCACUGGAAUGUAGAUGGGAAAUACGGACUUUACAAGUAUAUGUGACAUAUACUUGCGACGUGACAUGUUCUAUAGAUCAAUUUAUAAUAAAUAUUUUAAUUUAUCAUAAUUUAUAAAAGCUUUGUUGUUUGUCUGUUGAAAGAAAAUGAAGGAGCAGGAAAAAACUUUACUGCAAAAUGCUAAAUUUCAGCAAGUGGAUUUGGCAUGCCUUUCCCGUCGAUUCAGGGCAAAAGUGCUAUAGUUGUGAGAUUUAUUAAAAAAAGAGUGAUAACACACUAUUUUCAUAUUUUUGUUUAUUUGCACAACUUAAAACCAGAUUACUGGUAAAAACCCAACAGUACACAAUUUUUAAAGUAAAAAUAUUUUAUAAGGAGAGCAUAUAAAUAGCCAGUGUUGUGAAACACAUAAGAAAGGUUUGGUUUUGGUGUUUUUGUUUUGUUUUUCUCAUUUAAGAAAAACCCUGCCUAAAAUAAUCUUGUAAAAAAUAUGUAUUUCAAAUAUUUUUUGUUUUAAUAUAGAAUAUUAUAAGGCCAAAAUAUAAUAAAAUGUUUUCAGAUUUGGAGUUUAAGAUAUAGCUAUAG